AGGGAGCACUCCCAAACCGAGAAAAGUGGAGGGAGAGAGGGUGGGAGGACAAGCACUCAAGGGACAAGGAAGCGAAACCCUUUCUUUCCUUGUUAUUUGUGUUUUCCCGGUGAGAGAAGAAACGCUGAAAGAAUGUGGAGAGAAAGCACCGUGUUAUGGUUUUUGUUGACGUUAGCCACAUUCACUAAGGUGGUGUUGUGCUCUGUUUCUUAUGAUCGCACCUCAAUCAUCAUCAAUGGGCAGAGGAGGAUCCUCAUCUCUGGGUCCAUUCACUACCCAAGGAGCACUCCUGAGAUGUGGCCUGAUCUGAUACAGAAAGCCAAGGAAGGAGGCUUGGAUGUUAUCCAAACUUAUGUUUUCUGGAACGGCCAUGAGCCCUCCCCUGGGAAGUAUUAUUUUGAGGGCAGAUACGACCUUGUUCGGUUCAUAAAGGUGGUUCAACAAGCCGGCCUCUAUGUUCACUUGCGGAUUGGUCCUUAUAUUUGUGCUGAAUGGAAUUUUGGAGGAUUUCCGGUUUGGUUGAAGUAUGUACCAGGUAUCAGCUUUAGAACUGAUAAUGAACCUUUUAAGGUUGCAAUGAAGGGAUUCACUCAAAAGAUUGUUGAGAUGAUGAAAGCUGAAAAGCUGUUCCAGACACAAGGAGGACCAAUCAUCUUGUCACAAAUUGAGAACGAAUAUGGCCCAGAAGAGUGGGAGAUUGGGGCCCCUGGAAAGGCAUACACAGCUUGGGCUGCAGACAUGGCUGUGUCUCUUGGUACAGGGGUUCCAUGGAUUAUGUGCAAACAGGAUGAUGCACCAGAUCCAAUCAUAAAUACAUGCAAUGGAUAUUACUGCGAUUAUUUCACUCCCAACAAGCCAUAUAAACCGAAGAUGUGGACUGAAAACUGGACAGGAUGGUUUACGGAGUUUGGUGGUGCAGUUCCCUAUCGACCUGCUGAAGACAUAGCAUUUUCUGUUGCACGUUUCAUACAGAAAGGAGGGUCUUUUGUCAACUAUUACAUGUAUCAUGGUGGAACUAACUUUGGCCGGACUGCUGGUGGGCCUUUCAUCACCACUAGUUAUGACUAUGACGCUCCUCUAGAUGAAUAUGGAUUGAUUAGGCAACCAAAAUGGGGACAUCUGAAAGACCUCCAUAAAGCCAUAAAGCUCUGUGAACCAGCUUUAGUCUCUGGUGAUCCUACUGUGGAUUCACUUGGGAACUACCAAGAGGCUCACGUUUUCACCUCAAAAACUGGAGCUUGUGCUGCUUUUCUUGCCAACUAUGACACGAAAGCUACUGCAACAGUGUCUUUUAGAAACAUGCACUACAAUCUUCCACCUUGGUCAAUCAGCAUCCUCCCUGAUUGCACAAAUGUGGUCUUCAACACUGCAAUGGUUGGCGUUCAAGCUUCAAAUAUGCAGAUGGUCCCACUCUCUAACGAAGGAUUGGCAUGGGAAUCAUAUAACGAAGAGAUUGCUUCAUAUAAUGAUGAUCCUUUUACUGUUGUGGGCUUGUUAGAGCAGUUAAAUGUAACAAGGGAUGUUAGUGAUUACUUGUGGUACAUGACAGAUGUCAAUAUAGAUUCAAGUGAGAAAUUUCUCGAUGGUGGAGCAUGGCCAGUUCUUACUGUCAUGUCAGCAGGUCAUGCUUUACAUGCUUUUGUCAAUGGAAAGCUUGCAGGUUCCAUGUAUGGAAGUUUAGAGGACCCAAAGCUGACACUUACUGAGAGCUUGAACUUAUGGGCUGGAAGCAAUAGAAUUGCACUCUUAAGCAUAGCAGUUGGCCUGCCGAAUGUCGGCAAACAAUUUGAGACCUGGAAUGCAGGUGUUCUUGGGCCUGUGGAGUUGAGUGGACUGAAUGAAGGUAGAAGGGACUUAACCUGGCAAAAGUGGUCGUACAAGGUUGGUUUAAAAGGUGAAGCUUUAAGCCUUCACACAGUCAGUGGAAGUGCCUCUGUAGAAUGGACCCAGGGAUCCACGGUCGCUCAAGGAGAGCCACUAACAUGGUACAAGGCAACAUUUGAUGCACCAUCUGGAACAGAGCCCCUGGCUCUAGAUAUGGCCAGCAUGGGGAAAGGUCAAAUAUGGAUAAAUGGAGAAAGCAUUGGACGUUACUGGCCUGCUUACACUGCAAAAGGUAACUGUGGAGGUUGUGAUUAUCCUGGGACUUUUGAUGAGAAUAAAUGCCGAUCAAACUGUGGCGAGCCUUCACAGAGAUGGUAUCAUGUUCCACGUUCUUGGCUGAAUCCAACUGGGAAUCUUUUGGUGAUCUUUGAAGAAUGGGGUGGUAAUCCUUCAGGAAUCACAUUGGUGAAGAGAAAGUUGGCAAGUGCGUGUGCUGAUAUUUCAGAAUGGCAUCCAACUUUGAAGAAUUGGCAGAUUAAGAAAUAUGGCAAGCCUGAAGAACCGCAGAAGGCAAAGGUUCAUCUGGCAUGCUCCGAGGGACAAAAGAUCACCUCAAUUAAGUUUGCUAGUUUUGGGACUCCUCAAGGAGUCUGUGGAAGUUUCAAGCAAGGAGCUUGUCACUCCCCACAUUCAUAUGACAUUUUUCAAAAGAGGUGUGUUGGACAGGAGUGGUGCUCCGUGGUCAUCUCCCAAGAUGUCUUCAGGGGAGACCCUUGUCCGGGAGUCAUGAAGCGGGUAGCAGUUGAGGCAGUUUGCAGUUAAGUAGCAGAGGCAAGGACGGAAGUAAAAUGGGUUCAGUAUUAGGUGAACGCAUGAACCCAAUAGUUGAAUGUUGAUAGUCACCUGAAUACAUUGUCAAUAUCAAGCGAAUUUUUUCAGGAGAUUGAAGAGUUAGCAAUAAGAGUUCGAUGCCAUUUAGUAAGAAAUUUGCAAAUGGUUUGAUCCUAUCAUCAUACGUUAUUGUAAAGUAGCAGCAAGUCCUGUAUGUAAUACAAAAUUUGUUGUUCAGUGGAGCAAAUUAGCCGGCUCCAAGAUUUUUACCUCAGAAAGUGUAAAAAGUGACAAUCAAUAACUAUGAACUUUGUUACUUUUCUUUCA